UGCAUGUGUUGUGUAAUUUGACAUUUACAUAAAACGAACCAAAAAAAUAUAACUUCUUGGACAAAACUUGGACCGUUUUUUUUUUCUGUGAGGGAAUGGCUUGUGCUAGAAAUUCGCUAAGAUUAUUGAGCGUAAAUAAAACAAUUAUCAGAAACAUAACAAUGUCAGCUCAAAGACGUGCGCAAGAAGCUUUGGAAAAGAUAAAGGAGAAAAAUCCCUACUUUGAUAAAUAUGCCGAUAAAAUAGCUAAAUUACAACAGACAUCACCUGAAGAAUUUCUCGAAAGGGUAGAUAAGGUAGCAAACCCUAUAAAGGAAGGCAAGUCACAAGCUAGGUCCUACUCCGAGUUGUUGAACCCCAAGGCACCUAAGGAACAAGUUGAAGCUGAAAUUCCCUAUAAGAAGUUGAGUGAUAUCAUGAAAAUAGAAUUGAUUGAAGACAAAACAGCAGAAGAAAUCUCCAAAAUAUGGGUUGAAUACCACAAAACCAAAGAUGUUUUGGCUGCCACUUUGACUGUAGAACAGUUUAAUAAUUUAAUGGAAAAAGCCAAAAAUCAUCCCAUUUUCAUACUGCCUUUGCCACGAAGUGAAGGCUUUGAGUUCAUUCUGCUGCAAUUCGCCAGCAAUACAGUACACUUUACACCUUUGCUGGCAUAUCAGGUCCAUGCGGAAAAUGCUCCUGAAUGUUUGACCAUAGUCCAUUACACUGAAAUGCGUGAUAAAGGUAUAGUCCUAAUGCGUGGCGAAUAUGACACUAAAGUAUUGACCGCCCAGGAGGCUCAAUGUUUGGUGAAUGAAUUGCAGAUGUUUUAUUGCAUACACGAUGAAGACAAACUAAAACUUUUGGAAACAUUCACCAAAAAACCUGAUGAUUUUAAACACAUGGAUUUAAUCAAGGAAGUGGAGAAUAUUAAACUUGUUUAAGUUGCUUUUUUGUUGAUAAUAAUGAAAUGAUAGUCAAAAUAAAAAAA